GACGAUUCGAAAAAAGAAGGCAUAAAUGAUGAUAUAAAUGCAGUCUGCAACACAUCAACUAACCAUACAUACUCUUCUACCUGCUUGUAUUUAUGUAGCAUUGUCAUUUACACUGUUUGCUUCCUCUCUUCUUCUGCUUUAUAAGCUUUCCACUUUCUCUUUUCCUUCCUUCAUAUCACAUCUUAAACUGAUAACUUUUAUCUUUCUUUCUUUGUUUUUGAGUUCAAUUCAAAAAUGGGGAGAACCAAACCCUUCUUCUUCUGUUUGGUUUUGGUUUUGCUUUCUACCAACAACCUACUCUUGCCGGUUGCCUCCACUUCAGGUCACCGAGGAUCUCUUCAAAAUAAAAACUCCAUUAGCCAAAGCAAUUGUAAUACACCACCAAGCGGUAGUGGCGGAAGCGGAGGAUAUUACCCUUCACCUAAACCUACUCCUAGCCACGGAGGUGGUGGCGGCCAUCAUUAUAACCCUCCAAAGCAUACACCAACUAAUCCUCCAAAAGGUGGUGGCGGUUGCCCAUGUGGUUCGCCACCAUCGUACUCACCACCACCUACUAGUGGUGGUGGCGGUGGAUAUUAUCCUCCUACCCCAUCAACACCGACACCAGUAAUUGUCACUCCUCCAAGUUCACCGUUGGUGCCUUCACCUCCAGUGGUUCCUGUUGGGCCGUCUCCUCCUUAUACUCCUGGGACACCUCUUACUCCUUAUGACCCUCCUUUCCCAUGCACCUAUUGGGGAAGUCACCCAACCCUAAUAUUUGGGGUACUAGGAUGGUGGGCAACAGUGGGAGGACUAUGGGGAGUGACAACAUUGCCAGGAUUGAGCUCAGCGACCAGCCUCCAACAAGUACUUACUAACCCUACAAAUGAUGGGUAUGGAUCCCUUUACAGGGAAGGAACUGCUGCAUUCCUUAAUUCUAUGGCUGCUAAGGAAUUCCCUUUCUCCACCAAGCAAGUUAAGGACUCUUUCCUUGCUUCACUUGACUCUGAUCAUGCUGCUGCCACCCAAGCUAGACUCUUUAAGCUUGCUAAUGAGAGGAAGUUCAAGACUACUACCCUUUCUUCUUCCAAUAAGCCAUAGAUUAUUCAAAUUAAAUAACGAUGAUAUCAUAUUUUGUUACUCUUAAGUCUAUAUUAUUAUGUUGAAUUUGGAACGGUUUAAAUUCAGUGAAAUGUGUUUGUUUUGUUGAUUUAUUGUUUGAGAGAUUGUUCCAUGUUAAUUGGAGUUUAUUAUGAGAUCUUUAGAUGAUGAGAAUUGAAAAGUGGUGUAUGUUUUAGUUUCAAUAUAAAGUAUGCUAGCAUGGUUUGCACUUGAA